GGCAAUUUUACUUACAUCAAUCCAAGUAUGUUGCCAUAGUAUUGCUGGAGGAGUGCUUGGCAUUACAAGAGAAAUACCCUUCAGCUAAUGCUGUCAAAGUGGCAAAUACUAUGAGGCUGUUUGGUAGCUGUUUUAUGGAACAAAACAAAUUGUCUGUAGCAGAAAGAUUAUUGAGAGAUUCUGUUGAUACAAAAAAAUCCUGCUCUUCCGGAAGGUCAUCCUGAUCUUGCACAUGGUCAGUUAACACUUGCUCAGUGUCUGCACCAUCAAGGUAAAGUAAGUGAAUCAAUCAAGCUGAUGAAGGAGUGUGUCAGGAUCUAUAAAUCAUCUUUUCAUCUUGAACAUCGUCAUGUGGCUGCAGCUGUUGGUCAACUUGGAUAUUAUUUACUGGUAGCUGGACAUUUGGAUGAAAGCAAAAAACAUUUGGAGAAUCUCUUGCCAUAGUCAGACAUUCAUUACACAAGAAACAUCCUGAUACAGCAAUUGAGUGUGAUGAGAAAAGGGAAGAACAUUGAAGCAGAAAAACUUCAUCACAAAGAUCAAUAUUGCAACAACCCGCCAAUGUACACACUGUUAAUCGAUGUGCUGUCGGUCCCAGUUAUAGCAAAGUUCAAGAGAGAAACUCAUUGCUAGUUCGUCUUCCUGUUGGAAGUAAAGUUCCUUACACAGGAUGUACUUUCCGGUACAUAGAUACUACAGGUCAGACAGUUGAAGAGGUUCCAGGGGAAAGGCUGGAUAGUCGUACAAUAGAAACUGUUGCUCCUGCUUGGCCACAUGUUGAUCGAGUGGAGAUACACAUAUUUUCUUCAUGCACGUGGUCAAAUUUGUCAACCCGUGUGUAGAGGUGUUACCUCGUAUCGUCAAUGACUGUGAGGGUGACAGAAGCAUGCUACCAGGAGUAGUAGAGCAAGGAACAGAGAAAAGUAUAAGUUUGCACACAAAAAAUUGUUUCAUUGUUCUGUUAGUUGUUACUGCAAGAGUUGGUGGUUGAUUUCAAUUAAAACUGUGCAGUCAUCCUGUUCAUCAUUUAAAUGUAUGUUAAUGUGUUUAUUACAUUUUCUAGAACAUUCUUUAGUUUGGCCAUUCUGUGUUGCGAAGGAGGAGAUUGUCAAGUUACAGAUGUGACAAGUUAGACUUGCAAGCAAUUGUGUCUGAUUUACAGUUUCUUGAGGUUGGCAUGGAUGUCAGAAAUCAUUGGUAUGAGAUUGGUAUUCAUCUUGGAGUCGACUUAGAAGAGUUGUCUGCUUGUAAAGAGUGUUUCCCUCGUAACUUGGCUGCUCACCUCAUACAUGUCUUCUCACUGGAGAAAACGAGAGCAGAAAGCAACUAUUGCAAUACUCCUGGAAGCAUGCAGACAAGCAGGUGUCUGUGCAUGCAUCAGAGAAAGCAGUGAAGAAUGCACAAAAUCAAAAGUGAAAUUGGAUGGAAUUACGUACACUCAAGGACUCAAAUUUCAGUUAAGUUUUUUUAUUUAGAAUGGUGUCAUUGACUCAAGGAUUUCCUAAUUGUUGCUAAUAACAUAUCCAUCUACUGUAUCACACUGACUGGCCUUACACUGAAGUCAGUCUCAUGCCAUCUAGCUGUGGGCGAGUGCAUAAUCAUACACAUGGGAGUGGCAAAAUUCUCGAGCUAAAUCGAUCUUUUGCAGACAGAGUGAGAGCCCAUCAGUAUGUAGUAAUGGGACGUCACCCCAUCUGAUAAACAUUUAUUUGUUAAUAUCAAAUAUGUUUGGUUUUGUAUUUACAGUAUUUUGGGUUAUGUGAACUGGAAAUUUUGUGUGUGUGUGCGUGUGUGUGCAUGCGCGCGCACACUCUGGGAGGAAGUUCAUUACUGAGCUAUCUGCCUUUCAUCCUUGGCUUCUACCGGUCACUUCCCUGUCAACGAGCGACAUGAACAUUAUCGUCUUCGUUGCAAUUGUUUGCUGCUUUUUCCGCGUCCGAUCAUUAACUCCUAAAACUGGAGACUCUACAAACUCUGAAGAUCCAGAAGUUCAAGUCUGUCAACCGCUAAAGUCUUAUCUCAAACGAACUCAGAUGGUGCGUCUUGACAACGUGUCUGGCAUUGGCGGAAAAGGAGAGAAAGGAAGUCCAGGGGAAAAGGGUCCAAGAGGGCCCCAAGGCAUAAGAGGAUCAAAGGGAGAAAUCGGUAUCCAAGGUCCAGUAGGUCCUAGGGGUGAUCAUGGAUUACCUGGAGCAAAGGGAGAAGCUGGACCACAAGGUCGUCCCGGUCUAGAGGUGAGUGCAGAUGUGUUGAAACGCUAUUUUUCUCUAUUCAAGGGACUGGCAGAUAGGAUGAAGCAACUGGAGGAUUGGAAAGAAGAGUGGACAAAGAAUAAGAGAAGAGUGACUGUUGCAGCACAUCUUGUAGGAUCAUAUGGCAGUUAUUAUACUAUAUCAGGUGUGAUAACCUACUGGCAAACAAGAAGUCCAUCAUUCUUACUGGGUGCCAUCACAUACAGCAAUGGAGCUCUUACAAUUCCAUCUGAUGGUGUUUACUAUAUUUAUACACAUCUGUGGUUACAUGACUAUAGUGGCAGUUCCAUUACACCUUACAUCAGAGUAAAUGGCAAUCGUGUUUUGAACAUUCGAAGCUACCAUCAUCAUACUGAAGACAAAACCAAGCACGCUGGUCUACUUCAGCUGCUGAAAAAAGGUGAUAGCGUUGACAUACAUGGUGGAGGACAUCAACACCACAUGGCCUCUACUCAUUCAGUUUUUGGUAUUUUUAAGAUCAACUAGAAGCAUGUUGUUGAGAAUGAGAAUAUCAAUUAAUUAAGUGAUAAGUGUGAGUGUCACAUGACUCUCCAUGUGAUCAUGUUUAGUAGUAAUUGUAGUUGUGACUGUAUGUUGGACUGUAGUGUGACCAUUCAACCCUAAUUUUUGUUUGUUUCAUUUCUGUAUUACGAGGAAUAAAUGUUCAUCUCUUUCUCUUA